UGGUCCCAAACAUAAACAUCAAAAUAGCGAUCGAGCUGGUUCAUUUGAAAGUGGUUUCCUCCUUAAAAAUUAUCAAGGUACCUACCAGAGUUCGAGUGACAGAUCAUGGCAUAUCCGUAUGGUGGACCAGGUUACCCACCUUCAGGACCAGGAUAUCCUCCAGGCGGUGAUGGCGGCUAUCCACCAGCACCAGGGUAUCCACCAGUUGGAACUGGCUACCCACCCCAAGGUGGUUAUCCUCCAGCUCCAGGGGGCUAUCCACCUCCUGGGGGCUACCCUCCAGCUCCAGGGGGCUACCCUCCAUCCUCGGGAGGCUACCCUCCAGCUCCAGGGGGCUACCCUCAACCAGGCGGGUAUCCACCACCAGGAGGUUACGGCUCAGGUCCCCCACCCCCAGGGGUAGCACCAGGAUAUGGAUCCCCCUCACCCCAGCAGCCAUAUGGAGCACCCCCUUCCCAUGGUGGACAGCCAUAUGGUGGACCCCCACCUCCUGGUGGUCAGUCAUAUGGAGCGCCAGGGGGAUACCCUGCACAGCCACAACAACCGCCACAACAGAGCUAUGGCAUGCAACAGCAAGGAGGACAUGGUCAAAUUCCACCACCUUCUAGUGCACCAGUUCAUCAUUCAGCGCCAGCCCCAGCACAAGAUCCAGCUCCUGCAAAGGCACCCGCGAGGCCACCACCACCAUCAGCCGGUGGUAGUGCCCCACCAACUUCGCAGAUGGCUUCCAUGUCUAUUACAACUACACGAUAUGGACAUCCAACCAUUGUGGCAAAAUCACCAUUUGAUGCAGAAGCUGACUGUGAGCUACUGAGGAAAGCAAUGAGAGGAGUUGGAACUGACGAGCAGAAAUUGAUCGAAAUUAUUGCUCAAAGAUCAAAUGCGCAGCGCGUGGAGAUAAGAAAGAGAUACAAAACAAUGUAUGGAAAGGAUUUGAUGAAUGAUCUCAAAUCUGAGUUGAGUGGAAACCUUGAAGACUGCCUUCUUGCUAUGCUUGAACCAUCUGCUCUCUAUGAUGCCAAAUGUCUUAGGAGAGCCAUGAGGGGUGCUGGCACAGAUGAGGAGACUUUGAUUGACAUCUUGUGCACGAGAACCAACAAGGAAAUUGAAGCAAUUAAGCAGGCCUACACUGACUAUUACAAGCGUGAUCUUGAGAAGGAUUGCGUCAGUGAAACAAGUGGUCACUUCAAGAGGUUAUUGGUGUCCAUGUGUCAGGCCAACAGAGAUGAAUCAACAACAGUGGACUUGGAAAAGGCCAAAAAAGAAGCACAAGACUUAUUCACUGCUGGUGAGAAGAAGUGGGGUACAGAUGAGUCUCGCUUUAAUGUGGUCUUGGCCAGUAGAAGCUUUGCACAGUUAAGAGCUACUUUUGAUGAAUAUGUGAAGAUUUCGCAGAGAGAUAUUCUGAACAGUAUUGACCGUGAAAUGUCAGGUGACCUCAAAGCAGGAUUCAAGUGCAUUGUUCAGUGCGCACGUAACCCUGCUGAAUAUUUUGCUGACCGUUUGUGGAAGUCCAUGAAAGGUGCUGGUACGAAUGAUGGCCUGCUGAUUCGUGUCAUUGUCUCACGUUCUGAGAUUGAUCUGGUAGAAAUAAAGCAAGCCUUCCUACAGAAGUACCACAAAACCGUGUACAAGAUGAUUGAAGGAGACUGCAGUGGUGACUACAAGAAGCUACUGUUUUCCAUUGUUGGGAGAAACUAGAUCCAUGAAAAUAGCAUUAGUAGUUUAUAGUAGAGGGGGACAUUUACAGCCUCUAAGAAGCGUCCUAAUUUGAAGAUGUACCUGUACCUAUCCUCCUAGCUCCUAAAUGGCACAUACGGUCUUCACAGAGCUUUUCCACUUUUCCUUGUCACCAUUUCCUUUUAUAUACAUUAGCCUCUAGACCUUUGAUAAUUACUUCUAAAUCAUCUUAAAAAUACCUGUCUUCCUGCAACAUGUUUGUUUUCAAUAGUCCCCUUCACAGUUCCCUGUGCCUUUGCAUUGAAGUGAGACAAACGGUGAGCUUGCAAUGAUAGAGACGUGUGAAUAAUUUUUCAAGGUCUCUAUCAUUGCAAGCUCACCAUUCGUCUCGCUUCAAUGCAAAGGCAUGGCUACCUUUCAAGAAGGCGCUGGGAACUGUGAAGGGGAUUUAAUUGUGUCAUCAGUCAAGGUCAAUAGACCUUUCUCAUGUAGCUGCCAUCUUGGCUGAAACAAUUUAUUUUUGCCCAUCUGGCCUCACAUUCAAGCACUUCAGGAUAAGUUUGAAAGGAUAAGCAAAGGCUUGAUUCUUGCUGGGAAUAAACAUGGCUGCUAAGUGACAAAGGUCUAUCACAAGCUGUCCCUUUGACAUCUGCUACAAGGUUUUAUGUGCUCCUCUACUAUCUCAUCCUCGGAAACCCAGGGGUAAAAUUCUGUAGCUUUUUUUCUUAUUUUUUCGGGUAGAUAGAAACGAGCGACACAAUUUUACCCCUGGGUUCCUGAGGAAGCUACUAAUUAUGAUAGGUUAAAAUUGCAAUGGAUAUCUAAUAAUAAUUACACACCGUACCAUUUCAAAAUAUUUCAUUAGUUUAUAAUGACAUAAUAAUCUAAACUUUUAAAUUUUCUAUUAUGCACAAAAAAGGAAACUUUUAGGAAACUAGUUUUUCUUUACUGUAGGCAAUUAAUUCAAUCCUUAUUUUAUUCAUGUAGCUUAUGUAUUUUGAUGUUGAUUGUCUUAGUAAACUACGACUUAAAAAUAAUGCAUUUGAAUGUAUGAAUAUUUGUAAUGAUAUAGUUGUAUGCAUGUUAAAUGCAAACACAAUUGUAUUUGUAUUUAGUACUAUAAAUAUUCAGAACAUUUUGACAGCUGUCAAUCUGCUUGGGAAUGAUGUUGAGAUAAUACAUUCAACAAUAGCACAUUUUAGAUUCUAAACACGCUUGCACUUUAAAUAUUAAACUUCUUUUUGAGGGAGGGGAGGGUGCUUUAAGUUUUAGUCCUACAUCGUAUCAAUAAACUAUUACAACUGUA